UGUGCUUAGGGCUGUGUUACGUGCUGAAAAUAGUAAGUGAUGACUUGGCUUGAGUAGUUUGAAAUUUUUUAUUUUAUUUUCUCUGACAGCAGCAUGGAGGCUUGUCCUAAAAUGCGGCAUUGUUGCUGACCACUUCCACAGCAGCUGUCCGUCUGUCUUUGCGCACUUUGACGGGGGGGACGACGCACAAGGACAAAAUGCCACGGCCGGAAUCAGUGACUCUGAGCUGUCUCGGACGUGGGGAGAGAACACCGAUCGCCCUUUGAAUGUCCACAGUGGAUAUCGGCUACCUUUCCACACAUCUGGAUUUCUUUCACAGUAAUUUUGACAACAGUUUUCCAUCCUGAAGAACAGUGACUCACUGCAGACAGAAGGCGAGCCGCUGCAUCCUAAUCAGACAGGAGAGAGGACUUCAGCUCAUUGACAUUACAGUCAUACUUUGGAGCACUUUUUUUUUUCUACUGCGCUGUACUGUAGAGUGCGUGUGCAUCGGAGGCUUGUGGCUUUCCUACUUCACGGAGGAGAAGGAUACGGGUGGUACCUUUAGUGAAGUGGAAAUUAAACAAUCUCUUCAUCGCACUGGAAUUGACUGUUUUGAUGUUUUUUACGUUUACCCUUUUGAACUAGCGGAACAGUUUCUCCCGUGGUGAUAUGAGUGAACACUUGCAAUGACUAUUCAGGAGGCUGGAUCUUGAUUAUUGUUAAGAUGAGUCUGGGUGCUCAGCUGAAUAUAAAUUAGGUGUUCGGUACCACAGAUUGCUUGCUGAGGAGAGAAAGCAACAAAGCAAAGACAAUCUACAGCGACAAAUGUCAAGACAUCGCAUGAUGAACUGGACUCUUUUCUUUAUCCGUUGUGAUAGAAGUAUCAAAUCUGAACAGAAUAUCAACAGGUCACAGAUAGAAUAAUCACUGCACGGAUUUUAGCAGCUUUUAUUGAGUGGAGAUGCAUCUUUCUAUUUUCUUUUUCCUCCUGUUGUGGGCUCAAGCCUUGACAUUGAAAAACUUGAAUUACUCUGUCCCAGAGGAACAGGGACCAGGAACAGUGAUUGGGAACAUUGCCAAAGAUGCCAGGCUUGGACUCGAACAGAUUGGGCAGGGAGGACAGGGUAAGAAAGCCAACUUUAGGGUGUUGGAGAACUCAGCCCCACAUCUUAUCGACGUGGACCCCCAAAGCGGACUGCUGUACACAAAGCAGCGCAUCGACAGGGAAACAUUGUGUAAGAGAAACCCCAAGUGCCAGCUCUCCAUGGAGGUGUUUGCCAAUGACAAGGAGAUAUGCAUGAUAAAAAUAGAUAUUCAGGACAUCAACGACAACUCACCCGCUUUUCCUUCUGAUCAAAUUGACAUCGACAUUUCUGAAAAUGCAGUGCCAGGGACACGCUUUCCUCUAACCAGCGCACAUGACCCUGAUGCAGGGGAAAAUGGCCUAAAAACGUAUCAAAUAACUCGCGAUGACUACAAUCUCUUUUCAUUGGAGGUAAAAUCCCGAGGGGAUGGGACCAAAUUCCCAGAAUUAGUCAUUCAGCGUCCACUGGACAGAGAAGAACGAAGCCAUCACACUCUAAUUUUGUCAGCCACUGAUGGUGGAGAAUAUCCUAGAUCUGGUACAAUGCAGAUAAAUGUUAAAGUUAUAGAUUCCAAUGAUAACAGUCCAGUAUUUGAUCAGUCUUCAUAUGUUGUAGAAAUUCCUGAAAAUUCACCUCCUGGAAAAGUUUUAAUUGAUUUAAAUGCUACAGACCCUGAUGAGGGAAACAAUGGUCAAGUCGUCUAUUCAUUUAGUGGCUAUGCUCCUGAGAGAAUCCGUGAGCUAUUCUCAAUAGACUCUAGAACAGGGGUCAUAAAGAUUCAGGGGGAAAUUGACUAUGAAGAGAGCUCAGUUAUCGAGAUUGACGUCCAGGCAAAAGAUCUAGGUCCCAAUCCAAUCCCGGGCCACUGUAAAGUCACCGUUAAAGUGCUUGACAGGAAUGAUAACUGGCCAUCUAUAGGCUUUGUGUCUGUGAGACAGGGAGCCAUCAGUGAAGCAGCACCCCCAGGCACUGUCAUUGCUCUGGUCCGUGUCACAGACAAGGACUCUGGAAGAAAUGGGCAGCUCCAGUGCAGGGUGUUGGGUAAUGUUCCUUUUAAACUUGAGGAGAACUAUGAUAACUUCUACACAGUGGUUACAGACAGGCCCCUGGACAGAGAGGUCCAAGAUGAAUACAACGUUACUAUUGUAGCCAAAGACAAUGGCAUUCCUCCUUUAAACUCCACAAAAUCUUUUACGGUGAAGAUUCUGGAUGAGAACGAUAAUGUUCCUCGCUUCACCAAGUCAGUCUACCUACUUCAAAUUCCUGAGAAUAACAUCCCUGGGGAGUACCUAGGUUCAGUUCUGGCACAUGACCCAGAUCUAGGCCAGAAUGGCACUGUGUACUACAGUAUUAUCAACUCCAACGUGAGUGGGGGUGAUGUCAACACCUAUGUUAAUGUAAAUGCCGCUAAUGGAGCCAUCUAUGCUGUAAGAUCUUUUAACUAUGAACAAAUAAAGUAUUUUGACUUCAAAGUUCUUGCUAAAGAUGCAGGAUCUCCACACUUAGAGAGCAAUGCAACUGUGCGCAUUAGUGUCUUGGACGUCAACGACAACAUCCCUGUCAUAGUUUUGCCGCUUCUCCAGAAUGACACAGCUGAAAUCCAUGUUCCACGUAAUGUUGGAGUUGGCUACAUUGUUACCACAGUGAGAGCAGUAGAUAACGACUAUGGUGAGAGUGGAAGACUCACCUAUGAAAUUUCUGAUGGCAACGAAGAACACCUCUUUGAGAUUGAUCCUAUAACUGGGGAAGUGCGAACGGCUCACCCUUUCUGGGAUGAUGUAAAUACCAUUGUUGAGUUGAUCAUUCGUGUAUCAGACCAUGGCAAGCCAACUCUAACUGCUGCUGCUAGACUCAUCGUCAAGGCCUCCAACGGGCGUCCUCCAGAUGGACUUCCACACAUGAAAGACAAUCAAAACUGGGACAUGUCACUGCCUCUUAUUGUGACUUUGAGCAUCAUAUCUAUCAUGCUUCUAGCUGCCAUGGUGACCAUAGCAAUCAAGUGCAAGCGGGAGAACAAGGAAAUUCGUACUUAUAAUUGUCGCAUUGCAGAGUACUCGCACCCACAGCUGGGUAAAGGCAAGAAGAAGAAGAUCAACAAGAACGACAUCAUGCUGGUGCAAAGCGAAGUGGAGGAGCGGGAUGCCAUGAAUGUGAUGAAUGUGGUAAGCAGCCCUUCCCUGGCCACCUCUCCCAUGUACUUUGACUAUCAGACACGCCUGCCACUCAGCUCACCAAGGUCAGAGGUCAUGUACCUCAAACCCACUGCCAAUAACCUCAGCGUGCCCCAAAGCCACGUGGGAUGCCACACCAGCUUCACAAGCCCAGUCACCAGCACUACAGACACACCUACUAACCGCAUGUCCAUCAUACAGACAGACAAUUUCCCCACUGAACCUAAUUAUAUGGGUAGCAGACAACAGUUUGUUCAAAGUAGUUCAACAUUCAAAGACCCAGAGCGAGCCAGCCUCAGAGACAGCGGCCAUGGUGACAGCGACCAGGCUGACAGCGACCAGGACACCAACAAAGGCUCCUGCUGUGAUAUGUCUGCAAAAGAAGCUCUCAAACUGAAGGCUGCAGGUGUGAAACCACCACCUUUGGAACAAGAUGAGGAUUGUUUAAAUUGCACAGAGGAGUGCAGAGUACUGGGUCAUUCUGACCGCUGCUGGAUGCCUCAGUUCCCUGCAGGCGGAAACCAGGCGGAAGGUGUCGACUACCGCAACAAUAUGUUUGUGCCGGCCGGGAUGGAAGCAGUUGCCGAGACAGAAACUUAUGAGACUGUCAACCCCAACGGCAAGAAAACAUUCUGUACUUUUGGCAAGGAGAGACGUGACCACACCAUCCUUGUUGCCAAUGUCAAGCCCUACCUAAAAGCAAAACGUGCCCUCAGCCCCCUGCUGCAAGAGGUACCCUCAGCCUCCAGCAGUCCAACCAAGGGAUGCUCCACGAUGCCUCCCUGCUCUGCAGUAAAAGGCCCAGCAGAUGGGGCUGAGGGCAAACCUCCCCCAGCCAGCUGCUCUGUCCACUACGGGCCACCUGAUGGUCAAUACCUGUCACCUACUAAACAAACAAGAGACCAAGGGGUGUACCCAUCGUUGCCUCCUUCAGACCCAGUGGCCAAGGUGCUCGCAGAGGCCCGCUCCAGGAUCAGUCAGGAGGCAGCAGGUGAAAUGGAGUGUGUCCUGGAGCAGGCGGAACCAGAUUCAAGCCGCGAUGGAAUGGACGCUGACCAGGUGGUGAGAGACAUCGACAAACUGUUGCAGGACUGCAGAGAAAGUGAGGCCACUGGCACAUUGAGAAAGUGACUCAAGCGACUGCAACAUAGGAAUUGUGAAGAUAAAACUUGGGGUUUGUUGCUCUUCUAACAACUUUCAUGCCAAAACUGUCACCAAAACAAAUUGAAAAGGUUGAACCUCUCUGGUCCCCAGAGCGCUUUUCACUGUAUUUGUUGUAGAAAAAGUACAGACACUGGACUUUUAUUACGUCAGUCAUAUGGCAACCAACAAAAUAAGGAACUGACAUCUGACUUUUUCUGAAUUUCUAAACUUUUUUUGGAUUCUUAAGAAAAUUUCAGGGGGUUAAGCCUCUGGCACCUCGUAAGCUCCUAUCUAAGUGCCCACCAGCUCAUUCGUGUGUUGUUCAUGGUCUAUCGUGAAAUCUUACAUAUCUUUUUAAGUGUGCGUAGGUGGAUUUCUGUUUUGCGUGUUGGACAUUGAAACUGAAUGGCAAAGGACUACUUAUGGUCAGACCAGACAAUCGAUGUGGAAAAAGAGAAACAAAAGCUGAUCUAAUCGGACAGUGAAAGACAGGAACACAACUUUACCUGUUUAUUUUGUUUGUUAGUUUUUUAUUAAGUGAUAAACAAAAAGUGUAGCGUGUGAUGGACCAGAUCUGUACCUGAAGAGAUUUCCUUUUAGGGGGGUUGCUAUGGACCAGUCGGAUCUGUUUCUGUCGGAUUUAUUAACAGUGUAACCAUGUCUCACCCGUCAUUUUGUAACUACAUGUGUAAGCUGUGUCUGUCUCACACCUCUAUUUAAAUGUUCAUGUUGCUCAGCAAUGUAGUCGCACGCACCGACGUCAUCACAUGUCCACUACCACUCUGCAUACACACACGGCAGGACAUUGACACGCGCUGACGCUGCACCACACGCAGAAACACGCAAACAAAUGAAUGCUCACACACAACUGCCCAUCUGUGGAUUUGUCUUAUACAUGUACACCAUCAGCUUUUAGUCCCUUGUGUACAGUGAAUUAUCAUGUGUGUGACUAUGCCUUAAGGCAAUCACGUUGUAUAAAAAGGGACAUUUCUUUCCUCAGCUGUGAAAAGAUAAUAUCUAUAUGUUUAUAUAGAUGACUGUAUGUAUGAAUCCAUGUAUAGUGUCCAAAUAUCAGCAAAAUAUUUAUACAUUUUAUAAGGAGAAAAAAAGGAAUUUGAAGUGAAUAGUGUCCUGGAGUUGAGGUCAGGUGUGAAGCAUUUCAGGAAAGAACUGCAAAGGACACUGCCAUUGUUUCCAAGACAAAUAUCCAAAAAUAUAACAAAACAAGAAAAUGUCCCUUCACAUUAUCACUAUACAUAAUAUCAUUGUAUGUGUAUAUGUAUCCAAUUUAGAUGUGUUUACAUCAGAAAAACUGACAUAUUUUUUAUUGAUUUUACUGCAAUUUCUGUGCAUUUGAGCCAAAUUGUUAUGUGUACAAAAGCUAUAUUGUGUAUUUUAUUAAAUUAAUAUAUUGUUGUGUUGCAAUAUACAUGGGCUUAUAUUGUAUUUGGCAAAAGUUGCCUUAGUAGCUGUCGAACUCUGUGAGUUUGCUUUAGUUUGGGUUUCUGUUGGUGUUUUCUUUUUUUCCAUCUCUAUUCUGCAUCUUUGCAGGCAGAUUGGCCUCAGUGCUUUUGAGAUGUCGCCUCUUUUUACCCUGAGAUCCAGCUGGAUCAAAUACAUUAACUGCUAGACGCUUAAUGAGCCAGCUGAUCUGGAAGACGAUUCAAACCAACAACGAAAAAAAAAAGCAACAACAAAGGAGACAGUUUGACUAUUUUUACUGAGCAAAUUUUUAUAAGGCAGCUAUUUUCUUUAACAAUAACAAGUCUGCAUAUUUCUGUUCAUUCUGUUUCUACUUUCUUUCCCAAAAAAAAAAGAGAGAAAAGAAACCCGCCAUAUGGAAAGUGGAGUGGUUUCCUUGGUGAUCAUGAAACUGCCUUACUGUCUCUGCAGAGAGCUUGUUGUAUCUGUGGAGCUUUGUGACUGCUUCUUAAGCCCUGGUCCACCAAAAUGUGCAUUUCCUACGAAGGACCAAAACAGGUUCUUUUUCAACAGUCUGCAUUGUUUAUGUAUGUACUUCUUCUUCAAUACAUGUUGGAAAUCUCAUA